AUGCACGCUAUAGGAUUGGCACAAUCUGGUACAAUAGCACUACAUUCAGCCUUCGUAGGGACUACGUUUUCUUCUAAACGCUCAUUAAAAAAUAAAUGUGUCAAGGCGCUCUUUGACUUUGUGGAUGACAAGGAUAAUGUCCAUUAUAGAGGCAUAGCUGAGGUCUACAAUAAUGGCGAUGUCAGUGUCUUUCCAAUGACUCUGAAUGCCUACAAUCAUGGUAUAGAAGGUGCUACAGGUCACCUGAAAGAUCUCGGGAAGAAAACUGCCCAGUUUACAAUUGACUAUGAUACGAAAUGGAAAGCUGUAGUUGGGAUAGACGUUGAGGGCAUGUAG